AUGACUAGUCUCGUCGCUCUUCGUCUCCCACCUCCCCUCUCCCACGCCCCCAAUCCCCGUCCCCCUUUCCCCCAUGCACGCCCCUCUGACACGAGCGAGACUUUUGAGACGUCUCGAAAGUCUGCCAUGCGCGCCCCUCUCACACGAGCGAGGCUGCCCACCAACAGCCACACAACUCACCCCCUGUUCCUCCGUGACCUUCCCCCCUCCUCGCGCUCCCCCCACGCUUCCCCUCCUCCCCACCCCCCUUCGCCCCCCUCCCAUUUCUCCUCCCCCCCCAUCCCCCCCACAAACUCUCUCCGCCACCCCUCCUCUCUCUCCUUUGCCUCCCGUUCUCCCCGUUUCUUUCCGCACCCCCCAUUCCCCACCCUUUCCCCUCAGACACAAACACGAGUGAGGCGAUGUGGGGUUCACGGUGAUCAAGGCGUCGGCUGGAAGCGCUCACACCACACCCGCUCUGCCAGGCAUAAGCUCGUCACCCGCUUCUCGCCUCACCCGCCGCAUGCCUCACCUGCGAAUCGGCACAAUACUCGCCUCACGCGCUGCUCGGCUCAUAACCCAUUUCGUCAUUUUUCCCCCUUUCUCCCUCUCGUUUCCCCCCUUUCUCCCUCUCGUUUCCCCCCUCCACCCUCUCGUUUCCCCCCCUUCCGCCUCUCAUUUCCCCCCCCUUCCGCCUCUCGUUUCCCCCCCUUCUCCAUCUCGUUUCCCCCCCUCCUCCCUCUCAUUUUCCCCCCUUCCGCCUCUCGUUUCCCCCCCUUCUCCCUCUCAUUUCCCCCCCUCCUCCCUCUCGUUUCCCCCCCCCUUCCCCCUCUCUUUUCCCCUCCUCCUCUCAUUUCCCCCCUUCUCCCUCUCAUUUCCCCGUUUUCCCCCUCUCGUCUCCCCCCCUCCUCCCUCUCAUUUCCCCCCUUUCUCCCUCUCGUUCCCCCCCCUUCUGCCUCUCAUUUCCCCCCUUUCCCCCUCUCGUUUCCCCCCCUUCUCCCUCUUGUAACUCCCCCUUCCCCCUCUCGUAUUCCCCCCUUCCCCCUCUCAUUUCUCCCCCUCCUCCCUCUCGUUUCCCACCCUUCCCCCUCUCGUUUCCCACCCUUCCCCCUCUCGUUUCCCAUCCUUCCCCCUCUCGUUUCCCCUCCUCUCAUUUCCCCAACUUCUCCCUCUCAUUUCCCCCCUUCCCCCUCUCAUUUCCCCGCUUUCCCCCCUCAUUUCUCCCUCCUUCCCCUCAUUCACCCUUUCCUUACCCUCAUCUCCCCAUCUCGUUUCUCGCAUUUCCCCUACUCCGUCCCCUCGUUUCCCCCUCUCCCCUCAUUUCAUCCUCUCGUUCCACAAAAUCCCCACCUCUCGUUUCCCACAUUUCCCCUUAUCCGUCUCUCCUCUCCCUCUCUCCGUCCCCUCCUUUACCCCUCCUUCCCCUCAUUUUCCCCUCUCCCUCCCCUCAUUCCCCCCUCUCCUUUCCCUCAUUUCACCCCUCCUUCCCACCAUUUCCCUCGAGGAGGGUUCGGGUGA